UAUAAAGUGGGGGCCUCGCGGCGCCCCGAAACACAAGCCCGCUCACUCCAACAAGAAGCAGCAGCUGCCCAGACUUGAGCCCACCACCGCGAUGUCUGAGACCACAAAACCCGCUGCUCCCAGCCAGGCUGCGGAUGAGAAGGAGAAGGCGGCUCCUGCGCCAACUCCAUCCCUCGACCCUGCUCCUGUCGCAAACAGCAAGGGCGAGGAGCCCUCCCCAGAAGCCUUCAGGAUCGUUGUCUUCGACCAGGAGAACUUCCAGGGCAGGCAGAUGGAGUUCACUGCCGAGUGCCUGAACCUGGCUGACCGUGGCUUCGACCGGGUGCGCAGUGUCAUUGUCACCUCUGGACCCUGGGUGGCCUACGAGCAGGCCAACAUGCGUGGGGAGAUGUUCAUCCUGGAGAAGGGCGAGUACCCUCGCUGGGACACCUGGUCCAGCAGCUACCGGAGCGACUGCUUCAUGUCCAUGCGUCCCAUCAAAAUGGAGGCUGAGGACCACAAAAUCUCCCUCUACGAGUCUGCUGACUUCAAGGGCAACAAGAUGGAAAUCCAGGAGGACGAUGUGCCCAGCCUGUGGGCUUAUGGUUUCUGCGACCGCGUGGGCAGCGUGCAGGUGCCCAGUGGAACUUGGGUCGGGUACCAGUACCCUGGCUACAGAGGCUACCAGUACCUCUUUGAGACCGGAGACUUCCGACACUGGAACGAGUGGUCUGCCUUCCAGCCCCAGAUCCAGUCCAUCCGCCGCAUCCGGGACAUGCAGUGGGACCAGAAGGGCACCUUUGUCACCCCCGACGCGCCCUCCGACUGAGCGUGCC